AUGGACAAAAAAAAGAUUUGGGAGGGACAAAAUCGCAUAGUAUCGGAAGGCCUCGAGUGGCUCUACGCUGAACCACAUCAGAAGGAUGAGUCAAUGGAAGAGGAAGCCUACUUACUUGGCAAACCCGUGAACAAAAUCGAUGAAAAGAAAGAUCGCUUCGAUGCAGUCCAGGCGCCAAGACAAGAGUUAAUUAGUAGGUUUAGGGAAGAUCCCUUAUUUGUUAUCAAGAAGCUUGAGCAGGAUCAGCAAAAAUUGCUUGACAAAUACAAUGCCAUUAAGUCAAAAUCCACGGAAUCUCACAGACAUAUUAGAUAUCCCAAAUCCGAUAGGAGGAGCAGAGAUUCUUGUAGAGAAUCCCAAAGUAGUCAUAGCAUAUACGAUAGUAAACAUAAAGGAUCUCGUGAUAAAUAUGUUCAGGGUUCUGACGGAAUCAACAAAAAAUAUCCCAAAAUACCUAACAAAGUAAACCCCCUGGACUAUGCAUUCGGCGUAAAUGAAGAUAUCGCACCACCUGACACCAUACAGGCGACCGCUAGGGAGAGAGCAGCAAAUGCAAUCAAAAGUGGCGGAUACUACUCAAAAAGCUACCUCAAUAAGCACCGUAAACACAGUCCUUCUCCCACAAAUUAUCGAUCGGAAUACGAAAAACUAAAAGAAUAUGGGAAAGAACAUCUGGAAAAGAGUGCCAAAAGGACGAAGUAUAGUGAGGAAUAUGGGAGGAUGAGGGAAAGAGCUGAAGAAAGAGAUAUAAGCACAAAUUUCAAUGGAAAUCUAAAAAAUAAAAUGUACUCUUCAUACAUAGACAAAGUUGAGCGAGAUCGACGGACAUAA